GUUACAGAUGUUAAUUUGUUACCAGGUUCUAUACUUAAUAUCACGGUUGAAUCUCCUGAUUAUGGUAACGGCCACUUUAGCUUGCAAACUGAUAAUGGCGAAUAUCGUAGAUUUUUGUAUGACCCUAUAUGGGUUAAUGGUUGUACAUGUGAUAACUGCGAGAAUAUACCUCUGGAAUAUCAUUCACAAUGGUAUUUUUAUAGACCAACUCCUCCAAAAGGAACUUAUUUUGAUGUUUGGAUUACAAUAUAUUGGAAUUGUGAUCUCGAAGGAGGCGGAAUUGUUGCAGAUUGUAAUAGUGAAAUAGUACAUCGUCGAACCUAUGUCCGUUAG